AGAAGGGGCAGGAACGUGUUCUCCUCUUCAGUUGAAGGAAUGCAAAUUGACCAUACCGUAUUACAUCUUAGUACAAGCAUUAGAACUAAAGUGAUUCUAAUUAUUCGUGUAGAAAAUAAAAUCAAAAGUUUCUCAGCCAACCAGACAGCCACUCUCUCCUUUUCUUGCUGUUCUUUGUUUCUGUCUCUCGCCCUCUCUAUUAGGAGGUCACCAUGAACCCCGUAGGAGGAGGUGGUGGAUUAUUCAAAGUCCCCAGUGGAGGAGUAAUAGUCACUGAUUCUCUAUCUUCAAGAUCAGUCCCGCCCACUCAAACAUCAGUGGUGGGUGGAGCUAGACACGCCCACCCUAUACCAGGGAAGAACCUAAUGGACGUGUCGAUGUCUCGAGCUAUGACCACGCCCACCCCUAGUCUCUACCUUUGCGACACUGGACGAGCGGUCAAUGUUAAAAAGGAGAAUGAGGAGCAGAAGGAGAAGACAUCGAUUGAGCUGUUGAAUCAAGCGUAUCACGUUUUGACAAGGAAGAAUAUCAAAGAUUCACUCACCUCUUUUAUAGCUACAGUACCUGGUAAUUUCGAUCACAAUGAAUCUCAUGAUUUCUCGCUACGGAGUCUCAUUGAUAGACCACCAAUAGGAGGGAGAGAGUUCUUACCAAUAUCCGAGCAAGCCUUGCUUGGUUUUCGUCUUCACCCUGGAUCAUUGCCCGAGCAGUAUCAGCUUGAUCCCUCAACAUCCGAAAGCUCCAAACCACACAAGAAGAAGAAGAAACAUAAACACAAACACGGGGACAAGAUGGAUGACAUGUCUUUAGCUAAUUAUUCUCCGGUAAUGUCCCGCGAACACAGCCCACCUGCUGAUCCUUGCGACUUCAUAAAAGCAGAUCAAACGAAUAACUUCUUUCCUCCGAAAGUUUCUACGUGUGCCCCUCCCACCCAGCCUACUCAGGCUCCGCCCAUUUCAUCGUUUCAAUCGAUACCUCAUUUAGUAUCAACUUCACAGCAUCAUCUCCCUGCGACUCUUAUUGGAGGACCGCUAAUGGCAGCCGUUUCCGGUGGGCAGUAUAUUAAUAUUCAAGGACAAACGGGGGUCAUCAUGACAUCAGGGAAAUUCCCAACUCACCCGCACGCAACUAUACAAGGCGGGAGUGAGGCAGCUGCUGCUUUAGGAUAUCAAUUAACUCCAACCGGACUACAACCUGCUGCUGUUCUGUUGGGACAAGAUCAGUUUAAAAUACCAACGAAAUCAAAAAAGAGACGCCGCGAUAAUGAGGACGGACUUAAAAAGAAGAAAAAAGACAAGAAGGAGAAGAGAAAAAAGAAGCAUCACGAUCCCGGGGCUAUGCCUUCUACUUCUCUCCCUUCAGCUAUCCCUCCCACUCAUCCUGCCCCUCCCCCUCCUCUCGUACACUCGAGCUAUCCACCACGCCCACCAUAACCACGCCUACUUUUAGGGAAUCUUAAACUAUUGUUUAGACUUUUCAGAUUUUCAUUAAUAAUUAUAACUGACAAUUAUUAAUUUAUAAUAAUUAUUAUCGUUAUUAUUAAUUGACUUUCAAUG